AUGGGAGCAAAGCAAUGGGAAUACAUCGACCACCGCAUUAGAAAGAUCAAGAUGCGAAACGAGUUGUCAACUGCGCAAUUCUUGGGCAAAAAAAAACGAGAGCCCGAAGUCUACGUCGAUGGGAUCCUCUACCCACCAGAAAAGCACCCUCACCUCGGACUCCGCCUGGCAUUGUUGUCUGCUCUCCUGCACCAUCUCCGCUACAGGUAG